AUGUCAUCAUUGGAAUGCGGCUGGGUCAAAAAUUCGUCCAAGAUGUCUGAGGGGAAUUCGGCAGUGACGACAGUGACCGGCAACCCCUACAAAAUCGUCGACUGCUCCAGGGAAAAGCGAAAGGGAAUAACCGCAGCUUCACUUGAAGAUUUGACCAACGUCGCCAGAAGUAGAUUAGCUCUGCCUACCGAUGCUGACAUCACAAUUGUCCUGGAACAAGAUGGUACGGAAGUGGAUGAUGAAGAGUACUUUGCAACGUUGGAAAGAAAUACGAGUUUAAUGGUACUCAACGGAUCUGAAAAGUGGGCCGCACCCGGCAGCGCAAAGACCGCGACGUCACGUUAUAUUCUCGUUGAUAAUGUUGACAGUGCUGGACGGACUGAGGAAAGCACUACUCGCGGAAAUUAUCACCGGCCGAUCGAACCACUUGUGUCAUCAUUGCACAAUGAUCCAACACACAUUUCUCUACUGGGUGGCAACGACCUAGAAUUACUCAGCGACAUGAAUCCCGAUAGUUUGGCUGACAUAGUGCCUGAUCGCAUGUUUCUGGAACAACUCAAGGAGGCGUCGGGCAGAUUCUUGGCUGAAAAACGUCAAGCCCAAGAGUCAAUGGCACUUCUCCAGAUGUACGCAAGCAGCGGGGAGAUGGAGCGGGCGUAG